CAUUUGUUAUCGUAUCCGACUUAUUGUAUACAGUAUACUUUAAUUUUGACGAAGAAGAUUUAAAAUUUCUUGAUACUUUUGAGCAAGAUAGGAUAAACAUACGACAAAGACCCGAAGAUGGAUUUGUUUUGGAUACUGACCGAGUUAUGCAGGAAUGCAAUAUGAAGACUCGCUCAGUGGAAUCAUGUUUAAAAUAUCUCGAUCUUAAAGAAGAUGAUUAUACGAUUACAUUUCCGUUAUCCUCCAAGAAUUCAAUAAUCCCUCCGAAAUGUAAGGAAAAUGAACCACCGAUGCUAUUUCAUGUAUUUUGGCGUGGGAUGAUAACGGAUAAGUUAGCGUUACAAAUAAAAAGCUUCCUUUACACGCAACCCCUCACAUGUUCAAAAUUAAAUGUGUGGUUACAAGACAGCGAUACUGACAUCAAUUUGAACCCUUUUGCGGGGAAUUUAUAUAAAAGAUUUUCCCCUCGAAACGUUGAAUUUAGAAGGUGGAAUACUGAUGAACAAUUAAAUUCCGAUGAUUUAUAUAAAGGUUGGAAGGAAAUCAUGGAGAAACAUAGUUCUGUCGCUUUUAGUGAUUUAGUUAGAUUCGUCGUAUUAAAUAGGUAUGGUGGUAUGUACAUGGAUGGUGAUGUGCUCUUCUUACGUGAUAUGCGUCCUUUAUAUCACUCGGGCUUGGAUUUUUCAUACAAGUGGAGCUUCAAAACCGAAUAUAAUACCGCCGUGUUAAGACUUCAUGCGAAUGGUACAACAAGUCGAAAGAUCAUUUCACAAGCCAUGUUAAACAAAAUGAAUUUCCACCCCUUCCAGAUCAAGAAAUAUUUGAUGGUCAACGCGAGGAUUCCUUCGGAUUCACCCUUGGCAAAAUCCAUAUACAAUUCACAACUGUAUAUGUACUCUGUUCCUUUAUUUGAUCCUCUUUGGCUAAAAAAUGAUAAUAAACAAAAGAAUAUUUUGAAACCUAAUCUUAGAGGGAUGGAUGAUGUUUGGGAUCCUAAUUUAAUUCCGAAUGAAUUUCCUGAGAUUGAAAAUUUAAGCUCGUAUUCUCCUUUGGAAUUAAGAAAUGCUGAUGAUUUCUUUAGAGGGGCUUUCGCUUAUCAUUGGCAUAAUAAUUGGUCUACAGAUUUGAACCCUAAUUGUUGGAUGGGUGUCAUGCAAACCGCUUAUGACUCUUUCCUUAAUGGUACUCAAACUAACAUUUACGGUGAAUACGUCAAAUACUAA